UCGCUUCGGAAAGCCAAGCCGCGCACGGGACCGCGUUGCACGUUCAGUCGUUCAGGCUCGCUUGAUCGAAGCGCACACAUAUACAGACCUUCUCCGCACAGUGUCCUUCGAAGCAACCGCUCCCCUUCCUCCUUGCCACGUCAAUCCCGUUCCCUCGGUCCUCCUCCCCCCCGCUUCUCUUUCCUUCGCUCUCCUCCCGAGCUAAGAUAUUCGAGCGAUUCGCUGCUCGUCCUCUCACUGCGCGAAAAAUCGUUCGCCAACGUCGCGCUGUACGUCCGCGACAUCGAUCGCGCCUGCGGGAGUGCGCGCCGAAUUUUCCUCUGCCAAAGGACUCCCGGGAUUAUUUUAAUCGUCGAUCUUCCACCGGCGAUCCCCCCGCUUUCCAGGAGAAUGACACUUUUCGCUCGUUGACUCCCCGCAGUCUCCGGAGGUGCGCCAGAAUGCGCUGGUUUCGAGGCCACGCUGAUGCACCGAGACUUUUGAGCCUUAGUCCUUUGCAAGCCGACGAGGAACUCGAGGGUGCGUCUUUGCAGUUGCACUCGGAAUCACGAUUGAGAGACAUGUCGCCGGUACGAUGGGCACGAAGGAAAUCCUCGAGCUCCGAGUCCGAAAGGAACUGUUACAACGUCCAAACUUCUCAGGUGACGACCGAACGCGCCAGCCAGAAAAAGGACAAGAAGAGGAUCCAGGAGGAGCGGAGACGAUCUUGCGAGAAGAGGAAUCCGCUGCUCGACCGCGUCAAGAAUACACGGCUGAGCUUUUUCAGGGAAAAGGAGGCCGAGAGCGGGACGAGGUCGCACGAAAAGGACGAGGGCGGGGAGGACGACGGGGACGAAACCGGGGAGGACGCGCUCGACGAAACCGGCGACAAGUCGCAGUUUCGUUCAAUGUCCGAGUUGAGCCAACGGGGACUGACGAGAAACGAAUUUCGGCGCUCCGUCUGCGAGAUCGACCUCCAACAAGUCGCCGAGAACGAUAAAAUUCGCACGAAGAGAAGAAGGCGCUGCAAGUCCCAGUCGAGGUUACCCUCGCGAAAAAGCAACGAGGAUCGCUUCAGUUUUCUGGGAUUCGUUAGCGGCGGAGCGAGCGGCUCAUCCUCGGGGAAAGCGAAUCGCGACGAGACGAAAAAAAUGGGGAGCCCUAAAUUGUCGUAUCGUAAACGCUGGAGUCGUAGCAGAGACAAACUCGAUGAGAACGUCACGAAAAAAAGCCUCGACGAGAACGACGACGACGACGACGACGACGACGAAGACGCUGCGUCGAUCGAGGCAGAGCCCGGAGUUACGAACGACCCGAACGAAUCGUACCGUUACGAUACUCUCACCGCGUCGAGCUGCUUGGCAGCCAAGUUUCGAGCCAUGCAGGAUCGCUACCUCAAGAGCUCGACGAGUAAAUUGAUCGCGAAAAUUUAUCAUCGGAAAGACGCGAAAGAUCGGGACAAGAGAAGACUCCGAAGUUUCUCGUACGGGACGUUACCGGGCCUCGAGGAAUUGCGCACGAAUCCGUUGUACUCGGAGCAAGAUCAGGACGACAAUGAUUCCGGGAUAUUGGACAACGGCUCGGCGACGAGUUCCCUCUUGGACGAUCGAUGCGGGAGCGGCGCUUCCGGCUCUCCGAGCAUCGCGGCGAACGAAUGUUCGCCGAGUUCUUUAAUCCCACCGGAAUUACCGCCUCGUGGAAUUCCCGCGUCGAACGGUGAGGUCGAUAACAAAAAGUGGAGUUUCGAUCUGCCGAAUUUGCGGUCGGACCUGCGCGACGAAAUGGCCACGACGAUUGCGAGGAACCGGGAGCAAUCGCGAUCGAUCGUAAGGAACGUCGCGCUGGACGCGGAUCUGAGAAAUUCAUGUGGCAGGAUAAACGAAGCCUCGAACGAGAAGCUCAUCAGGCGUAGGAUCAUCGACGACGAUCCCCCCCGAAAAGAAACUCGCCUCGACGGGGGAGGUCGCAAAGAUGAGAAACUUUCGAAAGAGUGCAGAUUGUCCGUGGUCCGAUCGCGUUCCUACACCACCGAGACGAGCGUCGUUAAACUGGCUCGGGAAAGCGCCGAUCAGUGUUUAGGAAUAUUCAUCGCAAAAACUACGCAAUCCAGUCCCGGUUAUCUCGUGGCUCACGUCGUCCCGAACGGGCUCGCCGAUCGAGAAGGAACCUUGAAAAUUGGCGACGAAAUUCUCAUCGUCAAUGGCAAACGGUUGCGAGGCUUGAGCAUGUCGGAGGCCAGGAAGAUUCUCGGGGACGGAAGUCCUCCGGGCGACGUCGACAUCGUUAUAUCUCGAAAGAUCGGGCUCGAUAGUCCUAAAAAAAUGGAAGAGAGUAGCGUCGAUUACGAGAAUGUGGUAGUUGAAAAUGGCCACAUUCUCAACAACAAUAACAACAACACGAAUAACGUCAAUAACAACAACAUUAAUAACAACGCCAUAUUGACUUGUCCCCCAUCGCCAAAAUCACACUUUCGCAAGCACAAUUCGCGUCACAAUAGAGAUCGUAAAAACGAAUCGAGCAGAUCGAUAUGCUCGGACAAACGGAAUCUCAACGUUACCGACACCGGUCAACAAAGCGUUUCCAACUUUUGUACUUUACCGAGAAGAUCGAGGAGCACCGUAUCGACCUUUCACACGGUCGUCUUUGAAAAAGGACACGGCAAAAAAUCACUCGGCUUCACCAUCGUCGGAGGCCGUGACAGCCCCAAAGGAAGCAUCGGCAUUUUCAUAAAAUCGGUCCUGCCGGGAGGUCAGGCUGCUGAAGAUGGCCGUUUGCGAGCUGGCGACGAGAUACUGGCGGUCAACGGACAGGUCUCCCACGACCUGACCCACCGUGAGGCCGUUCAGCUUUUUCGCAACAUCAAAAGUGGAUCCCUCGCUCUGCACAUCUGCAGGAGAGUGAAGAAUCGCGAAACACCAAUGCCAAAAGCCAAGUCCUGCGCGGAUCUUUUGCUCGUGGAUACGUGAGCCAUUAACGAGAAACUUUUGGGCCUGUGGAACGCGUCGAACGAGAGAAUCAACGAUAAAUUGUAUUGAAUAGAAAGAAAAAAAACAAAGACUGGUACCCCACGAAUAACCAAUCUGUAAAUAAUGUAAAUUUGUGUAAAAAAAAGAGAGAUUAAUGAACGAGUAGAAGAAAUUUCGCAAAUAAAGUAUGUUAUUUAAUUGAUUAA